UUUCAGUGUCUUUUCCCACAGAUGGCCUGUUCAGGUCCAGGAUCAAUUGAAAACUUCUUCCAGGCAGAGGUACAAAUUUGUCAUAGAUGCUGCCACCCCAAUGUCUUACCUCUGCUGGGCCUCUGCACUGGAAAACAGUUUUACAGCUUGAUUUACCCGUACAUGGCAAAUGGUUCUUUACAGGACAGACUCCAGGGUCAGGGUGGCUCGGACCCCCUCCCCUGGCCCCAGCGUGUCAUCAUCUGCUCAGGGCUGCUUCAUGCCGUGGAGCAUCUGCAUGGCCUGGAGAUCAUCCAUGGCAACGUCAAGAGCUCCAAUGUUUUGCUAGACCAAAACUUCACCCCCAAGCUGGCUCAUUCGAUGGCUCACUGGUGUCCUGUCAACAAAAAGUCAAAAUACACUGCGAUGAAGACCUGCCUUUUCCAGGCCUCCGCUGCAUAUCUUCCAGAAGAUUUCAUCAGGGUGGGACAGCUGACAAAGCGAGUGGACAUAUUCGGCUGUGGAAUAGUGUUAGCUGAGGUCCUCACUGGCAUCCCUGCGAUGGACAAGGACCGGAGCCCAGUUUACUUGAAGGAUUUACUCCUCAGUGAAAUUCCCAGCAGCACCACAUGGCUCUGCUCCAGGAAGACAGGUGUGGAGAAAGUGAUGGCCAAGGAGAUCUGCCAGAAGUACCUGGAGAAAAGAGCAGGGAGGCUGCCGGAGGCCUGCGCCGAGGCCUUGGCCACGGCCGCCUGCCUCUGCCUGCGGAGGCGCAGCGCCAGCCUGGCGGAGGUGUGUGGCUCUGUGGCUGCUGUGGAAGAGCAGCUGAGAGGCCAGGAGACGUCGCUCCCUUGGAGUGGUCUUUCCGAGCACACAGGCUCUUCCUCCAAUACUCCGGAAGAAACGGACGACGUGGACAAUUCCAGCUUCGAAGCGUCCUGCUCCAUGAGGGAGGCACCCUGGGCCGGGGCUGCCGCCUCGCGUCCCCCCCCAGCGGAUGGAGAAAGCGAGCUGCCGGCUGGUGGGGCAGUGGAAGCUGACUCCUCCUCUGAGGCCCGCGCCAGUCCAGAACCUCCUCAGGAUGCUACAGAGACUUCGUGGAAAAUUGAGAUCAAUGAGGCCAAAAAGAAACUGAUGGAGAAUAUCCAGCUCUACAAAGAAGAGAAACUGGAUAGCAUUGAGCUUUUUGGCCCCUGAUGACUUGACCACAGCUGAGGACCCUCGUCCUCCAUUGGAAAAAUGAACGUCAAUUCGAGAAAAAGAUCUAAGGAAGAAUCAAGAUCUCCCAGGAAACACCAAACAUCAGCUUCCCUUGGGUGGCGGCAGAGACACUUCCAUUUUACCAGAGUGAGUUAGGGGAGACGGGACCUCAGCUUUCAGAGACACAAAAAUCCAUGAAGUCCUCUUCCUUUCUGAGAUUUGUCAAUCAGAGCUCUGGGUUAUCAGGAGACUGAAGGGGAAACCCUGAUACAAGAGCCCAGGAUGUGGGCGAUUUUGUGGUUCCGGGGAGCGUGUGACGAUAACCACCCCAACAGAUGCCAUUGCCUGGCUCUCACCCUCGACAGCCGACUGAGCAUUCUGAGCGCUGAUGGCACUUUCCAAAGCUAACAUCUCUGGGUAACAUUUGUCACCAACUGCCUGCAAACUUCCAUGACCUUUACAUGAAAGACUUUCAACUUGUGUCCCAUUUCGGUUCUUCACUCCCUCCUCAAGGUCUCAAGUUUUACGAAUGCCAGACACCUGGCAGAAGGCUCUGGAGAUUUUCUGCUUUCUCUUUCAGAAAUCUUGCAACCCACAGAUAUUUAUUUAAUGCCCACUCUGCACCUUUAUCCUCCCAUCCCACUAACGCUAAUAUUUUAAAUGGAGUUUUUAUUUAGAGAAUAUGUAUUAUUUAUGGCUGGAUGAAGAGCCAGGAGAACUAGGUUCAUGUUUGAUUCUGCUGCUAGUUUAAUUUCUGGAACCUCAGUUUCCUUGUAAGUAACAUGCAAUCAUCCUCCCUCCCUGGGCUGUUGGGGAGGAACGGGUGAGACAUGGCUACAGAAGUACUUUGAAAAUGCACUUGUCCUGUUUUAUUAAAUAAAUUUUUAAAAAGAAAA